UUCAGCUAUGUAACGUUUUUCGAUCGCAUGAAAUGGAAAUUGACCAGUGCUUGCUGGAGUCCCUCCCCCUGGGCCAGCGGCAGCGGCUGGUGAAGCGCAUGCGCUGUGAGCAAGUCAAAGCCUACUAUGAAAGAGAGAAGGCGUUCCAGAAGCAGGAGGGGCUCCUGAGAAAGCUGAAGCAUGGCCGGAGUCAGAAAGUUCGUUUCAAUCUUGCUGACAUGAUGCAGGAUGCAGUUAUCCACCACGAUGACAAAGAAGCGCUGCGACUCCUGAAGGAAGGGGCCGACCCCCACGCGCCCGUGUCCUCAGGAGGGUCCCUGCUCCAUCUGUGUGCCCGGUACGAUAACGUCUUCAUUGCAGAGAUCCUGAUUGACAGGGGGGUCAACGUCAACCACCAGGAUGAAGACUUCUGGACCCCCAUGCACGUCGCCUGUGCCUGCGAUAACCCGGAUGUCGUCCUGCUGCUUGUCUUAGCUGGAGCCAAUGUCCUUCUCCAGGACGUCAAUGGAAAUAUCCCACUGGAUUACGCCUCGGAAGGGACAGAAUCCAGCUCCAUCCUGUUGACCUACCUGGAUGAAAAUGGAGUGGAUCUGACCUCACUGCGUCAGAUGAAGCUUCAGAGACCAAUGAGUAUGUUAACAGACGUCAAACACUUCUUAUCUUGUGGAGGAAAUGUUAACGAGAAAAACGAUGAUGGCGUGACACUGUUACACAUGGCAUGUGCAAGUGGCUACAAGGAGGUGGUGUCUCUUCUCCUGGAACAUGGCGGAGACCUCAACAUAGUAGACAAUCAGUACUGGACCCCGCUCCACCUGGCAGCAAAGUAUGGCCAGACGAACCUCGUGAAACUUCUUUUGAUGCAUCAGGCAAACCCACACCUUCUGAACUGCAACGAAGAGAAGGCUUCAGAUGUCGCCAGAGCCGAGGUGGCCUGGGGCGGCAGCGUGCGGGAGCCUAGGUGCGGCCCCUCCGCGGCGCACGAGGAGCUGUACGAAGAGGUGGCCCACGACCCCCCCGGCCUUCCCGGCAAGCUCAGGCCCCUGGUGUUGCCAAUUGCCAAGCAAGACAGUUUGUUGGAAAAAGACAUUAUGUUCAAAGAUGCAACAAAAGGUCUAUGCAAGCGACAAUCUCAGGACAGCACUCCGGAAAAUGCCACCGUGAAUGGCCCCAUCAAACCCGAGCAGAUCAAGCUGAUGCCUCCGGCUCCAAAUGAUGACCUGGCAACGCUCAGCGAGCUCACAGACGGCAGCCUGCUUUAUGAAAUUCAGAAGCGCUUUGGGAACAAUCAGAUCUACACUUUUAUUGGGGACAUCCUCCUGCUUGUCAAUCCAUUCAAGGAGAUUCCAAUUUAUUCCACCAUGGUGUCCCAGCUGUUCCUGCGCGGCGCGGGGCCGCCCGGCGCCUCCCUGCCGCCUCACAUCUUCGCCUGCGCCGAGCGCGCCUUCCACCAGCUCUUCCAGGAGCGGAGACCGCAGUGCUUCGUCCUCAGUGGAGAAAGAGGAUCUGGAAAGUCCGAAGCCAGCAAACAGAUAACGAGACACCUCACCUGUAGGUCUGGCGCCAGCAGGCCUAUGUUCGAUUCCAAAUUUAAACACGUCACAUGCAUCCUGGAAGCCUUUGGACAUGCCAAGACCACGCUUAACGACCUGUCCAGCUGCUUUAUUAAGUAUUUUGAGCUACAGUUCUGUGAGAGGAGAAAACACUUAACGGGAGCCAGAAUUUAUACGUAUAUGCUGGAGAAAUCCAGGCUUGUCUCACAGCCCCUCGGCCAGAGCAAUUUUCUCAUCUUCUACUUGUUGAUGGACAGCUUAUCCGCUGAGGAGAAGCACACACUGCACCUCAGUAACUUACGUGCUCAUCGGUAUUUGAACCAGACCUUUCGAGAUGAUGUAUCAACAGCAGAGCAUUCUCUGAACAGGGAGAGAUUUGCUGUUUUGAAACAAGCCCUGAGUGUAAUUGGCUUCAGUAACUUGGAGGUGGAGAAUCUGUUUGUGAUUCUAGCAGCCGUGUUACACAUUGGAGACAUUCGGUUCACCGCCCUGACGGAGGCGGACUCGGCGUUUGUGUCUGACCUCCAGCUCCUGGAGCAAGUGGCUGGAAUGUUGCAAGUAUCAGCGGAUGAAUUGGCGUCUGCUUUAACGACUGAUAUCCAAUAUUUUAAAGGGGAGCUGAUCACAUGGCGGCACACCGCAGAGAUGGCUGAAUUCUACCGGGAUCUCCUGGCCAAGUCCCUGUACAGUCGUCUGUUUGGCUUUCUGGUGAACACGGUGAACAGUUGCCUCCACAAUCAAGACGAGCCCAGCAGCGCACAGACCUGGGAUAUUGGAAUAUUGGACAUCUUUGGCUUUGAAGAAUUUCAAAAGAAUGAAUUUGAGCAAGUAAGUGGGUUUUCUUUUAAAAUUUUGUUUCAAAAGAAUGGUUUUUCCAACCGAUAA